UUUGACGAUACUCAACCUCUACGAGGCCCUCGAGGACACCAUCAACAGAAAGAUGGAGGAACUCUCGUGGAUGGAUGAUUUGGACGAGAAUACUGCUGACAAGGCAAUAGCUCUGGCUCUCCAGCAGACAGAGAUGAGGCAGUACAACAAGACUCUGCACAUGUUUGAAGCAGGUAGGGAAGUUGCUCUUGUAUAUACUUAAGUUUCACCAGUCCAUCUUAGCUUGUGUCGCUGUUUAAUGUUUAAAGCGUGCUACGUAAAGACAGAUGCAAUGUUGAACAAUGAAAUUUUUGAACCUAAAAGUAUUUGAACUGUACUAUACUGACGUACUGAAGAGGUUGCGAUGCCCAAUGCACGCUACAUACCACAUACUCAACUGAUUUACUCCCACGUUGUUUGUACAUGCAGAGGAAGUGGUAGAAUGGGGUGGCAUGAGGGCCAAGGCUGGGAUCAGAGUCCUGUGUUUGGAUGGAGGCGGCAUGAGGGGUCUCUUGCAGAUUGAGGUCCUCUCACAGAUUGAAAGGGUGACUGGUCGCAAGAUAGUCGAUCUGUUUGACUGGAUCAUUGGGACCUCCGGUGGAGCCCUCAUUGCCCUCGCACUCAUCUAUGGUGAAAAGUCACUUGAGGAAGUUCGAUAUCUCUAUUUCAAGAUGAAGAAACGAGGUGUUUACCGGUGGCAGCUACGGCUUUAACACGGUAGCUCUCGAGAGACUCCUGAAGGAAGCUUUCCCUCCACACAUGACUAUGAACUGCCCCACCACAAACUCUAUCAAUGUGCUGGUGUCUGCAGUGCACAAGAAGAACACCCCGCCGGAUCUCCACUUCUUCAAUAACUGCUUCGGUGACCAGUUCAGCACACAGAAAGUGUGGAAAGUUGCUCGCUAUACGACGGCAGCACCAAUGUUUUUCAAGGAGUGUGACGACUAUGUUGAUGGAGGAGUCCUCGCCAAUAACCCCUCUGAGACCGGGUUGACUGCCGUCCAGGAGCAUUUUCAUUCCAGAGGGUUGCCACUGACCAUAGCAAUAGUGGUAUCAGUCGGCACUGGGAUAUACCCUGCCGAGGAGCUGGGCAGAAUAGACGUACAAGACUUCAUGUUUUUCGGGAAGCAGUGGCUGAGUUUCCAGGAUACCGUGAAGACGAGAGCAAUGAACCUCAUUCAGCUCCUCUCCAAUGCUUUGGUUGAAUCUGAAACAGUUGCCAUGAACACAAAGGCACGUUGCGAAGGUCAGGGUACACCCUACUACCGCUUCAGUCCCAAGCUCGCCGAAACCGUAGCAACAGGAGAGACUGACAACAAGAUAUUGAUAAACAUGCUCCUGUCGACUAUUGUUAAGACUGUCCCAAGGAUGGAGGAUAUUCGCAUACAGUUCUCGAGGAUAGCCGAGGCUACUCAGAAGGAACGGUUUAGAAAGAGAAGAGCUUUGUGACCUGUACAGAUUUCUAUAUAUGGUCAUCUCUC